CAUCAUGAAGUGUCUGGUGUUUAUGCUGUUGGUGGCGCUGAGCAGCGCUAAAUUCUUGGAACGCUGUGAAUGGGCGCGAAUGCUGAAGGCGCAGGGGAUGGACGGCUAUAAAGGCUACAGCAUCAGCGACUGGCUUUGUUUGACCCAGAGCGAGUCGUAUUAUAACACCAAAGCCACCAACCACGACUCUGACGGCUCCACCUGCUAUGGCAUCUUCCAGGUCAACAGCUACUAUUGGUGUUACGACGGCCAGGGGCACACUUCAAAUUUAUGUCGAGUCAACUGCAGCGAACUCCUGAAGGACGACGCCGUUGCGGCGAUCAAGUGUGCCAAAUAUGUCGUUCAGUAUCACAAUGGCAUGAACGCCUGGGUUUCCUGGGGGCGUCACUGUGAGGGUCGUGACCUGAGCUACUUCGUGAGUGGAUGUGGAGUUUAACCGACGUCUGGAACCUGCAGAGCCACGUCUCUUAUUCAUGGUUAUAAAUUCAUGAUGCUGAUUUUAAAACCACAAUAAAAUGUUGAUUUGACAAAGAU